UUUAUCAUCCAUAGCUGUAUAAAUAUAUGUUAUAUCAGAACAUGUAUCUCGUACUUGCCAAUAACUUACAUGUAUUAUUCUUCUGUUGUUAUGUCUAAUAAUAAAUACUAUCAACGUAAUUAUACAUUGCAUUGCAGGCCUUCCGUUAUAGACCAAUUCACUUAAACAUUGCCCGGUAAUGUACAGAAAAACAAUAAUUGUACAAUAUUAUCACAUUCCCUAUAAACUUGACAUUAUGUUUCAGAGCUAAGGAGUAAGAGCCAACCCUCAAUAAAAUGAACCAGGGUGCAAAUGAUAACCCAGAUGGACUUAUACCAAGUUUACCAUGCUGUCGCAGUUUACAUGAUAACUUCCGUUUCAAACUUUUGAUUUUCAUGUCAAUCAUUUUUAUUGAUGUAGCAGAUCUAAUCAGUGAUUGGCUGCUAUUUAAGGAUGUCGCUGUUGCAGAGAAGGGAUUAGUUUACGGACCACCCGAGGAUAGCAUACGUCUUGCUCUUUUGGCGUUUUGUAUUAUAGGUACUCAAACCAUUGCAUUGGAGUUAAUUAAUUUAUGGCGGGACAUUUUCAGAGGAAAUCCAUGGUUGGAUGUCGAAUUACUGUCGGCAAUAGCGGUAUGGCUUGAGGAUGUUCCACAAAUUGUAAUCAAUGUUAUCAUUAUAGGCUGUCGGGAAGAAGCCAUAAGUUAUUUUCAACUGAUGAAAGCUUCUGUUGCGGUAGCUGGGUUCAAAGUGCCUCAUAAUUAUAUUAAAGGAAAGUACGAUGAUGCGAAAUAUUUCGAAAAUGUCAGUGUUUAUUUUAGUCAUGAAUUGUUUGAUUUAGACUCAUCUCUGGGCAGAUCAACAACAAAUAAAAAUCUUCUUAGAUUGUUUGACAUUAACGAUAUCAGACACGGGCAUGGAGUGGACAGAAUAAUCAAAUUGGAAUUUGAUCAAUCGGAUAUUCCAACGAUACAAAAGUUUAUCAUAUGGGAGAAUAACAUUACUCAAGAACUGCGUGCAAAAGAGUGCUUUUCUCUAGACAGAACUAGAAAACAAAUCACUCUAGGAUCAAAUUGUACAUCAUAUAUUUCUACUAAAAGUAAUCAAAUUUUGUUCAUAUUUCGAUUUAUACAACCUAACGAUCUCAAGCUUAUAUUUGGAGAUAUAACGUACAAUAUUAAUGUUAAAAAUAAUUCUAGUGAAACAUGUAAACCACCGGAUUUUGAAAUAAGAAAUGAUAUUAUAGAUUAUUCUGAAGUUACAUCAGCUGCUUUACAUUAUUAUCGAACUUUAGACGUUUCUAAAAGGACAUACAGCCUGAUACACACGUCAGAUAAUAACAGUAAAUUCUAUAAUUCUAAAGAUUUACAAGACAUAGAAGAUGUUUGGAAAACUGGUUUUGUCUACUGUAAAAGUACAGGUCGUCUUGCACCGCAUCGGGAUAAUUCUAUCGUUGUACCAUGCUUAUAGAAAAUACAUGUAUGUUACAUUUAUUAUCAAAAUAGAAAAAAA